CCUGAAAUGCCCACAAAUCAACAGAAUGUCGCCCAUGCCGUUACAUUAAGCGCAUCGGGCCUCUUCGGCUGCUCACCCGUCGUGUCCGUGGCGCUAUCGAUGGAGUUCCAGUCCCUCAACGCGUACUACAUUGCCUGUAAUCAUGGGGGCGUCACGCAUAGUGGAUGGAGGCAACCUCCCUAUGCGCAUGCGUCAUUCACGAGUGCGAGAAAAGUACGCAUACCUCGCGGUGGGCCUCUUUCGUCCUGUAAAUUUUGCGCCUCUUUCGUUGGGGAACGCAGGGCGGGUUUCCAAAUGGAGGAUGAGUAUGAGGACGACUUUGAGGAUGACUUUGAGGACGAGGAAGAGGCGGUCCAGCUGCCACCCAAACAGACACAACCACAAGCCGCCCCGCCAGCCCUCCACUCCCUCGCCAGGCCUCCCCACUUGGCAGCCGCAUUCACCAGACCGGCAGCAGCCAGCAGAUCUCAGGCUCCAGUGGAAGUACAAGCCCCUGUUCAGACCAUCAGCAGGCCAAGGACGCCGCCAUUCAUCAUGUAAGAGGCAGCGAAGAAACCAACAUUUAGUGUAAUGAAUGCAGCCCAGCCAGAGGGGAGAGGCUCAUCUAUCUGGAAUCUAUCAUCUAUUUAUCUCAUCUCAUCUAGCUGUCAAGGCAGAUAGACGCCAUCCGACUAUGUAUGUAUCGCUCGCUGCUGUCAUGUAUGUGUUGUGUGUCCAGGCCCCUGGCGGAGUCCCCCCUUCCAGCCUUCAGAGGUAGGUUGGUGAAUGAGUCAGUGGGUGGGGCAGCAUGAGCACUAUAGCACGGGCAGUCAGCCAGGAAGGAAGCCAGUCGACGACGUGGAGUUGGCAUGCAUGUGUGCAGUUACUGCCGUGCCGACGAGCGCCACUGGCACGCACCGGUUGAACGACCUCAAGAAAGCUGGUACCAGCCAGGCAGGCAGGCUGGGGUGGGUGGGUGAGGGAAUGGACUAGAUUCAUCAUUGACCGACUGAGGAGAGUGCUUGUUGUUGGUUGUUGUUGUUGUUGUUGUCGUCAGGUGUGUUAUCUCGUUGGCAGGUGGAGUCGUUCUCUUCCUACUCCACACUGCCGCAGACUCGCCUGCACCUCCUCAAGACUGGUAUGUAUGUAUGUAUGUAUGUAUCUGAAGAGCUGCGUAGCCUGACGGCAGCCAGAUACCAACACACACACGCCAGGCGAAACAAAGAUGAGCCCAGCCCAUUCACUAACUAACUACGUGCACUGCACUGAGCCGCACUCUACUGUUUUUCUGUCUGUGUGUGUGUCCGGAUGCUGCGUGCAGGCAGCGGUCGAUACGCUUUCACGCGGUCGGCGCCAUGCCAGUUGCGGGAGGAUGAUCAAGAGGUGGGCAGACACACACGUCCACCAACUGGACAUACAUACAGCUGAGGGAGAAUCAAUCGGUGGGAGCUUUGUGGUGAGCGUGUGUGUGUCAGGUUGGUGUUCAGACAGAGCCGUGUGACCGCAGGCACGCAUCGUGUCAGUGCCCCGCCCUUGGAGCUGGCGCCGGCGAUGCAGGCGACACGCCGAUGCUCACCGGCGGACAGACAGUGCCGCCCACAAGGUAUGCCGGGGGGUUAGCUAGCGCCAUGAUAGAUCCGCAGACAGAUACAUAGAUACGUACGCAGUCAAGGGUCUUGGUAAUGAGACAGGCAGACAGACAACUGCUCUGCUGUUCUUCGCUGCACACCGGACCUUACCUACCUUGCCGUGCUGUCUGUGAUUUUGAUUGAUUCAGGCUCGUGUCGUUUCUGAAGCGGGCACUACCGCUCAUGGAGGUAUCACUGCAAGACGUCACAGGAAGGGUACGCACGCACACCCUUCUUGCUUCAAAUGGACACACCACACCCCUGUAAUCGCAUCAACGCGCUGCUUCCUCAUUCAUUGGUCCCUGCUUGCCUCACUCACUCAGGUCAGUUCUCGUGAGGCGGCAGAUGUGUCCAAGUCCCCAGCGCCAGGCCCACCGUCGCAACACCCACCAGCUAACAGUAGCGGCCCAUCGCGGCGGUACGCCCUGCCGCGUGAGCUGCUGGAUGGCCUCUACAAAGCCGCCCCGGGUGCAGCCCCAGGGUCAACCUGGCAACUCGUGCAAGUAGCCCCAGACCACGAUGCGGCCACCGGCGGCGGCCACAAGGGGGGCGCAUCCUCCACGGCUAACAGGUGUCGUAGGGCACUGGAGUGGGAGCCUCUCACGCACAGAGUCGAGGCCGACACGACUGGAGGCGCUGCACCAGCCACCCCUUCGGCCGACGACACCGUGCCGUUUCGAUCUGGUCGCACCCUCUACGCCCUCUUCUCCCCCUCACAAGUUGGGUGGCCGUCCAGCAGCGGGCAGCGGAGGUCUGCGCCAGCACCUCCCUCCAAGGCAGACGGGGGGAAUACUGACGCUGCGCGGCGACGACAGGAAAUAUUCGCCACAGUCAAGGUAAGUCGGUGGGUUGAUAUGCCUGCAUUCACGGACUCACAGAUACAUACUACACUGCUCAGAGCAAUGUGGCCCGGUCCCCUUGCCUUGCAUGUGUGUGCAUUUCAGACGAUCGCUGCCGUGUUUACAAUGUGUGACAGUCGACAUGCUCGCCAAGAACGGGACUCCUGCAUCGAUGAGCACCCUACCGGGUCAGUUUAGUUCACCUCACAAGGGAGUCUGUUGGGGGAUCGGAAACCUUCUCAAUUCACUCACUCAUGCGGUGUCUGCGUGUGUGGGGGGUGUGAUUUGAUGUCUUGCUGGUUUGAUGUGUGCAGGUAUCUGUACUCGACUGGUCGUGUGGUAUGCGUCGCCCAUCUGUGUGGCCAGCGUACCAGCGUGCUGGUGGGCGGCACCGACUGUGGGACACUUGUCUGUUGGAACACCAAGGAGAUGGGACACAGUGCCACACGUCCAGACGGGGGCGGCAGCAGCUCCAGUUCGCCCGCCUGGACGAGAGAGGAAUCCUGGGUGGGCCCCUGCUUCACCACAGGGGACCUGCUCUUCUCGCCGCAGCCCGCCUCCUUCGCCGCAGGUGUCGCCCCCGAAGAGCUAGAUUACGUUGGAGGCACUGACACUCUCGCACUUGGCCUUCACCCCUUUCCAAUUGUAAGCCAGGGAGCGAGGCGAGAGGGGGAAACGGAGAGAGAGAGAGAGAGAGAGAUGGAUACGUACCUUGAGAGGGCUGUGCACUCACUGGUGCCGGCUGGCUCUUUGGUGUGUGCCGUGCCGUCACUUGUGUGUCAGGCAUCUGUCAGGACCUCUGCAUCGGACGCUGGAGACGGUGGGUGGCACCGCACCCAUGUAUCCCGUCCGCUCUCUCUCUAUAUGUCUGUCUGUAUGUAUAUGUGCGUCAUGUCAGGUGUGUUGUUUGCGGUGGAUACGGGUGGUGGCAUGACGCAGUGGCGAUUGGUGGAGUCGGAGGCUCAUGGUGAGGGCAGUGCAGCCACCCGGCUGGUCUUCCUGGGGCACGAACAGGUGCCUUCACCCCCGAACGUCGCACUCAAGAGGAGGCUGGUGGACGACACACUCGACGACCACGGCAACGCGAGUGCAGCUCUCACAUGUCAGGCGGGUCAGGGUAAGCACACGUCACGUCACAUCACAUCACUCUCUCACUCACUCACCACGGGGCGGACAGGACAGCCUAGUGAUAGUGUCGAUGGAUCCCCUGAUGCUCUUCCCUCUCUGCCUGUCUGCCUGUCUGCCUGUCUGCCUGUCUGUCUGUCUGUCUGUCAGAUGUGGCCAGUGCUUUUGCUGACGUGCAGGACAUUGCCAUACCGCCGGGGCAAACCAACCGGUAGGCAUGCAAUCCAGGGAGGGGAGGCAUAAAGACAGACGGCGGAGAAAGAGUAGAGUUUCCUUCCUCCGAUUGGUUUCCCAUUCAUUCCUGAUGUUUGCAGGUGUGUGGUGUUGGUCCAUGGUGAGCUUGUGCAGCUGGACCGCACUUCAUCCCUCGCCAAAACCAUCGCACCCGCAUGGAUACACACACCGGCAUUCAAACAAGGACACUCGGUCAGACACAGACAGACAGACAGACAGACAGGGAGGGAGGGACCAUGCCCUCCCUGAGGGGUCUGAAUGCCUGCCUGUGUUUGUUUGUCUGUUUGUUUGUCUGUCUGUCUGUGUGUCUGGGAAUGUUCGUUCAGGCCAUCUGUAGCGUGUCGUUUCAUCCCCGUCAUUCAUCACUUGUCCUCGCCCUCUCUGCCAGCCAAGAGAUCAUGUAAUGUAGGCCGGACGGCACGGCCGACCCGACAGCCAGCCAGCACCAUCCACCAUGCAUCCAUCGUUAACGCAGUGUUGUUGCUAUUUAUUGUUGUCUCUCCUGCCUGCCUGCCUGCCUCUCUCAGGUUGUUUGAUGUGAAUUUGGGUGGUGUGCUGUGGCGAUCACCAUCAUUCAGCACACCUCGACCACAGAGGGACGACACCACUCAAGCGGACUCGGGUGCCAUCCAAUGGUAGGUGGAUGACUCACUCACCUGGACAGAAAGGAGUCAGAUUGGCUAUCGAUCUGCGUUGCGUAUUCAUCAUCUCUCCCUCCCUCCCUCCCUCCCUCCAUGUGUCGCACAAUCCAUCCAUGCAUGUUUAUCUGUAUGUCUGUAUGUCUGUCAGGAGCGAUGAGCAUCCGGCGGGUUUCUGUGUGCUGUGGGGACAAAGGCUCGAUGUCUGGCAGCUGCAACAAGACCAAACGGUCAGCCAGCCAGCCAGCAGGGAAAGGUUUCUAUGUUCUGUGUGUGGCAUGUGUGUGUGUUGGCAUGCAAUGCAGCGGCCUGUGGGCAGCAUUGACCUGAGGAGUCUUUGUGAGGACCAAGACAUGGCACAUCUCGCCCAUAGGAGGAGCAUCCUCACACUCAUGUAUGUAUGUACACACCGGCCGACACGACACGGCUGCCUGACUGACAUGACACCUGCGGCUCUGUGUGUGUAUGCUGUGCUAUGGGUACGCAUCUGUGUGUGGGUGGGUGCAGUGGUAGUGCUGGCUUGGUAGGCCUCUCCCACGCCAUCCUUCAAAUCGACCUGAGGUAAGCCAAGCCUGCUUCUACCUAUCCCCUGCUCGCCUGCACACCUGCAUGCCGCAUGCACCUGGUCAAUUAUUUGUUUUACUGGCUGCCCGUGUUGCAGGCGCUUCUUGGCCGAUGGCCGGGAGCAGCAACCGCAGUGGUUGUACAGACUUCUUGCAUGAGAGAACAUAUAUGGCACACCUGCUCGCCGCUCAUGUAAAUCUCUCUGUA